AUGUCAGACCAGCCGGCCGACCAGGCAGCACAGAUCGGAAAUUAUCAGCAAGGGAUACCAGCGAUGCAACAACCGAAAAGUGUGGCUUUUCCGUUCUGGGCCGGCAGGCAUCAUGCUGAAACUGGCCCAGAGCAGCAGCUAUCCCCAGGGUCUGCUAUCGGCCUCACUCCAAACCACAAUCGUCCUACUCACCUUACCUACUUAGGCAGUAGGUCUCCUACUGGCAGUGGCCAUGAUACCUUCAUCCGUUGCUAUUGGACGUACUUCUGGGCUAUCUUUCUUGGGAGAAACAACGAGGACAACGCCCCCAACGCCACGAUAUUCUCGGUGGCUCUACGAUGCGGCUAUUCUACCGAUUCGAUUGCUGGAUGACAGCCAGCCGUAAACUCAAAGGGAGCGAUUCAUCAAGCCUCUAUCAGCUGUUUUGAGUGAUAUUGACGCCUUUGUUCACUCCACGUGGCGGCUUCAAGAAAUUCAUCUGGAUCGCGGUCUGUAAUGCUCCAUCAGUGAUGGGGCCCCCGACAAGGGACCAGCGGGAUUCACUCGUCGUCCCGUUCCCCCUCCUUCCGCCCGUCCACGGCAAUAUUAAUUAUUAAUAUGAUACCAUGGC